AUGGCUGAUUUGCUGGCGGAAUUUGAAAGAGAUGGAAAGUGGUUAAGUUCUACGAAGACAACCGCCAACAACAAACUAGAUCUCUCAACUAAGACCGGGCACGUCAAGAAGUUACAUUUUCUCACUGCCUCACCAACCAAACUCAAGAAGAUCACCAGCCCUGCUACCAACAACACAGUCGUCAACCUCAGCAACAAGCAGCUCUCCAACCAACAAGUCAACGCCCUUGCCAAAGGCCUGAAAUUCGCCCUCACACCACGACGAACAACCUCGGACAUGUUCAUCACCAACAUUGAGAAAGGCCUCCAACAACUAGCACCCGGUGGGAAGGUUGACUACCUCCGGCACCAGAUCUGCAAUAUUCUUUACAAGGCCCAACCACAGAAGCCCAAUAUCACUCCAUCAGAGAAACAAGCCAUCAAACAAUUGAGACAAGACCCGGACAUCGUCAUCGCCCCAGCUGACAUAGGUAAGGCCACCGUUGUUCUAGACAAAGACCAUUUCCACACCAUGGUAGACAACCUGCUAGAUGACACCGCCACGUACAAGAAGAUCAAUACGGAUCCUACUACUAAGCUGAAUCGUCAGCACAAGUCCACCCUAAAAAUCCUGCACAAUAAAUUUGAACUCUGUACAGAUCUGUAUCGCAAACAAUCAGUAUCCCAUCCUCAGCCACCCUAUGCCCGAGCAACUGUCAAGAUCCAUAAGAAUCCUGUGAAAACCCGUCUACUAGUCUGCUCCCGUGAUACGGUGUUUUACAAUACUGCCCAGCACCUUACCCAAGUACUCUCUCCUUUAGGUAAAUCUGCCAACUCCUUCAUCAACGACUCAACAGACUUCUGCAGCAAGAUCCGUGACAUCUCCAAUCCAGGUCCCAUCAUCAGCUACGAUGUUGUGGACCUAUUUACUAAUGUACCUAGAGAAGAAGCGCUCCAAGCCUUACGCCACAGAAUUGAUAAACUUCAACAACCCCUCAACACCAGCCUCUCAACUGACUCCAUCAUCAGUCUCACCUCAACCUGCAUCAACUCCACUUACUUCACCUGGGGGGACGAGAUCUAUGAACAAAUUCAUGGACUUCCCAUGGGCUCCCCCUUAUCCCCCAUCCUAACCGAAAUUUACAUGACGGUCCUGGAAGAUAAAGUACUAGAUACUGCACCCUUCAAACCUACAUGUGGGAGUAAAUCCUGA